AUGUCCUGGAACUACUCUCAGGUUGUGGCUAAACUAAAGCCACUUAGAACAGACCUAGUUUCUGCUUAUUCCUCUAUAAAGCUUGAAUCUCUCCCAGCAACUCGAGUUUACAUGAAAAAUUUCAUCUACCAGGCGUGGGCUGUUAUCUCAACUUUAAAGGCCCUUCGCUCAAAGCUCUCGCCAUCCACAGUUCCAUGAUACCCACCAGAAGAUGAAAACUCUGUGAGAUAUAUCAACGAGAUCUUACUGGAUGAAGAAACUGAUGUCGCCGGGCAACCUCAGCAAUAUAGUUCCCACUAUAACCUUUUCAUUAAGGCUAUGAGAGAAGCCAAUGGAUUUUCAGAGCCAAUGGAAACUUUACUCCUCCCUUCUUGAUCAUGAAAAACCAUUGGAAAACUCCUAUUUUAUAGGGAAAAAAACUUUUCGUGAGAAUAAAAUAAUUUUCUAAUCAAAAUAUUUUAUUUAUAUAAAUGAUAAUUAUUAUAAUAAAAAAUCUCUAGCUAAUGCUUGCUUUCCAAAAUAUAAUUAUUAAUUGGAUUUAAAUUUCUUAAUUGAAAUUUAUGUAAAAUAUUAUGAACCCCUCCUGACUAAGCGAGAAAAAUUACUUUCCUUGCUCAUGGGGGAGAUUUAGUCACUGACUUACGGCAAGGCAUGGCUUGGGAUAAAGCAUUUAUUAAAAACAAAGAUCAAUACAAGCACAUCAUCUCACCAUCUACGUUUAAAUACGUUGAAAACGAGAUUGGCAUAGCGAUGAACGGAGAUCUUCAUCAGAUCGCAGGAUUUUUCUUCUUGGGAAGAGAAGAAACCGUUCCAGACUUGUUCUCAGGCUUCGUCAAAUCGUUGAAUGAAAAAGAAGUAAAUGCUCCUCUGUUCAAAAGUUAUAUACAGAGACACAUUGAUUUAGAUGGCGAUUUGCACGCUCCUUUACUUUAUUUUUCAUAAGUGAGCAGCAAGGUUUUUCGCUCAAAAAUAAUUUUAUUCUGAUUUUUAUUAUAAAACAUUUUAUUAUAAAAUAUAUCUUGACUUUAUAAAUAUUUUUGGAAUUAUAGAAUUAUUAAUUACUCCCCACCCCCAUCCUUGAUCGAACGACUCGCCAUCGUUCGAUCAAGGGUAAAAAAAAUUUUUUUUGGGAAAAAAAUUUUAUAUAUAAAAUAAAAUAUAUAUAUAUAUAUUUUUUUUUAUUUUACUUUUAAAUAAGAGGGUUAAGGGUAUUUAAUAAUUAUUUUUGCAACAAAAAAUUUAAUUAAUUUCAUAAAAAUCCAAUUUUUUAAUAUUUUGAUUUAUUAGUUACCCCUUUAAACUGUAUAAAUUUUUAAUUUGUCCUCAUUAAAUUAAUUUUUUUUUUAAAAUUUUAAGAUCUCUAUUUUAUUAGAUUAUUAAUUUUUUAAGCCUAGAUUGAUGACUAAAUCACUUCGGAUGGUUGAUUUCGAAGCUUUCUGUCGUCUCAAAGUCCCUGAAAACAACAACUUCAUUAGGUGCAUCUUCCCAAGCUUUUGAUAACUAAUAUAUUUUUAUAUAUAUAAAAGUUGCAUGAUAUGAAAAUCGUUCGAUCAAGGAUGGGGGUUAAUUUCCCUAAUUUUUAGGAAUUUUUACAGUCAAUCGUUCGAUCAAGGAUGGGGGGGGGAGUUAGAAAAGUUUUUGCUCGCUCACGAAGAAUAGAGAUAGGAGAAAAGAUCACACAGAGAGUUUGCAAAGAAGACCCCAAGAUGUGAAAGGAAGUUUAUGAGGCUGGAAAACUUGGAAUCACUGAUGAUUUGAAUUUUGCGAAAGGAGUGACCAAAAUGAUAGGAAAGCCUUUGACUCUUUAUGAAGCUGUAGGAGGAAGGAGUAAUCUUGAAAAAGUUAUUGAAGCCGCUAAGAGCAGGAUUAACGCUGAUGCUGCAGAAAAGGGAUUAGGAGAUGAAGAUGGAAGAAUGAUCGUUAAUUCAUUAUCUGAAGAUUUUGAAGGGCCAAGCUAUCCAGCUGACCAAAAGUUUGGCAUUCCUAAGAAUAGCCAGACAAAUCUUAAAGUAGCACUACUGGAUGAGUUUAGUGGUUUGCUCGCAAACCAAGAAGAUGCUGCAACUCAUCUUAAAAAAAUCAAAACAAAAUUAUCCAAAUCUUUUGAAAGUUAA